GGGAAUUCCAGUUUCCGUUACCGAGCCGGCCUCGCUAUUCCCCCGGGUUCCGACCCCAGAGAUUGAUGAGCGACAACUAACCAGCUUGGGCUUCAGCCGAGGACGUGGAAGGCCUAAACGAUGGCUGACCACUCCGCUACAUAAUGCUUUGCUCGAAUUUUCUCUGGAGACCGAACUAACAUAAAUAACAGAUUUCCAUAGGAUACGUACGGGUUGACCGCAGUGCUAAACGAAGGACCUCAAAAUGGCGCAGCCACAUACUGAUCACACCAAGAUACAGAACCACCAAGACAACCAUGGUGUUUCGUACUCUACGCAGUUCUCUCUCCCAGCAGAUUCCGAAGUAUCCCAUCUUCCAGAAACAACCUCCCAAAGACAGCAGGCAUCCAUCGCAAAACAUUCCCUCGAAAACGACGACCACCUACCCGAACACCUCCCGGAGAAGCUCGCCCACCAGCACGAUGACGCCCUCCUCCAAGAACCCGAGGAAACAGUCCUCUACCUAGCCUACGGUUCGAACCUCAACUCCAAGACCUUCCUCGGCCGACGAGGCAUCAAGCCGCUCUCCCAAAUCAACGUCAUAGUCCCAGAGUUGCGGCUGACCUUCGACAUGCCGGGCCUCCCAUACUUCGAGCCUUGCUUCGCAGCGACGAGAUUCCGCGACCUCACCACCAAACACGAAUCCAGCGCCGAAGACUCCCCCCUCAUUGCCCAUGACGACGGCGACGCCUACAACCCAAAUAAGCCCCUCGUCGGCGUCGCCUACGAAGUCACCCUCACCGACUACGCCCGCAUCAUCGCCACAGAAGGCGGCGGCAGCGGCUACAAAGACGUCGUGGUCGACUGCCACCCUUUCCCCGAGCCGUACAACCCCAACGACCCCAUCCCAGACAUCCCUACCACCCCAACCUUCAAAUCCCACACCCUCCUCUCCCCAUCCAACAGCAUCACGGCCUCGCGCGUGAAAUCCCCCGCACGCUCUCGUCACCCCAUAACCCGCCCCGAACUGGGCUACGCACAGCCCUCCGCGCGCUAUCUCGGCCUGAUCGUCAACGGCGCCGCCGAGCAUGACCUCCCCGUUUCAUACAGGCGCUACCUUGCGCAGCUGCCGCCGUACCGCGCGACCACGCUUCGACAGAAGAUUGGCAGGGCGGUCUUCACAGCAGUCUGGGCCCCGCUGUUCCUGCCGAUAUUAGUUCUGAAACAGGUCUUUGCUGGGCCUGAUGGGCGCAGUCCGGCGUGGCUGGUUUCGUAUGAGCGGUUGGUGUUGCCGUCCAUGUGGUGGUCUUAUGAUCAUGUGUUUUUUAGAAUCUUUGGGGAUGGUGAACGGUCGGUUCAGAAGGUGGAUUGAAUGGGAUAUAGUAUAGAUGUGGGGAGGGUGGUGAGUUGUUGGUAUAUAAGGGUUUCUGCUUCUGCGAGUACAUUUAAAGAAGAA